AUGGCCACGAACACUGCUGCUGCUGCCCCCCAAGAGACGGCUCCGACUUCCAUCCUCAAAGCCACCUCCGCCUACUCGUCCGAACUCUCGACCGAUGCCCAGUUCUUCACCUCCCAGGAGAUCGCCUCGGCCCCGACCUUGACCCCGACCGAGAUCGAGGCCGCGACCGCCGAGCAGCGCGGCGACUACCAAGAGGACGACUACGACGACCCUGAUGGAUCGCUCUGGGCGGGACCCGUCGCGAGGUCGAUCCCGACCAGCAUGAGCGGAUUCAGGAUGAGGAAUCGCAGUCGCAGCGAGUUGGAUCGCGCGUCAAGGGAAUUCGUUCGCGCCUCUUUCGACGAAGCAUCGUCCGAACGACCGGCGCUCCCGGGCAAUGGUACCGAGACAGAGGAUGACGGCCAGAGCAUCGCGAGGCGCUCGUCCAGGUCCAGGCGAUCGAGGAGACGGCGGCGAAAGAGCACUCGCAGCGCCGCCCUGUCCGAGACCGAGCCAGAGACGGAGGCAGAUCAAGGCGAUGACACCGAUACCGGGUCCCAGCACACCACAAGGAGGUCCAAUCAGAGCAAGGGUCGGUCGAGGCGGAGAAGUCGGAAGAGCUUUAGCUCCAACAGAUCCGCGUCCAUGGUCGGCAGUGACGAGGACGAUGAUGCGGAGGAAAACGCUCGAUCCGGUUUCUUUAAGGGCAUAUCCAACGCCCUCAGGGGGAGGCCGUCGAUGCCGCGACUCGAAUCGGCGACCUCGCGCAAAUCUGCCUCCAUCUCGGCAGGGCGACGGUCGACCGACUCGCUCGAAGAAGAUGCCGUCUCGUUGCGGUCCGAGAGCGACUAUGCCGGCGAUCGGAUCGACGACGAUAACGACGACCCGUACGGCCCAUAUGGUGGGUCUUCCGACUCAGUUUCGACUUCCUCGACCAUCACGUCGUCCUCACAGGAUGAAGGUGGGCCACGGCGGCGAAGAGGAGCAGGUGGACUAUUGGGGGUCCUACCGGGGGGAGGAGGCGAUGCGUUCUACGGCGAGUCCCGCAUCGAGUUCGCUAGCGACGCCGAGGACGACGAGGACGAGUUCUCGACCGACGACGAAGACGGCGAACGGCGGCGCAAAGCCGGCGGAUUGCAGGCCAGUCAGAGCGUCUAUAUUCCUGAUGAAGAUUUACCCCUUCGCUUGGUCGGGUUGCACGUUUCAAGGUGGAGGGUCGCGUUAUGGACACUCGGGUGCAUCCUUACCGGUGGAAGUUUGUGGCUACUCGGGCGGUGGCUACCCAAACUUUGGUUGAAAUGCGUGGGUACGCCGGGCGAGUUCAGAAAGGCUUCGUAUGUUGUUGUUGAGGUGAGUCGACGAAGCUCCGAACGCUUUGCGAGAAAGACGGGGGUCAAUGAGCUCAUCUAAGAUCGCGUUACCGUGUGUUUCUAGUGCUUCCACCACGAACCCCAAAUUCUUCCCAUCGAAACCUUUCAACUCUCGAAUCCCCUCGCCCUCUCCACAGCUUUUCCCCCGUCGCUCGUCACACCGCCUGCGCAUCGUGACGACGUGACCCACUCCCGCAACUCUUCGAAGCCCGUUGACGAAGGCGCGCCAGAGACCGAAGCAGGUGUGAACACUCCAAGCUCGAUCCCGUUCGCCGGAUUAUCCGCGAACGCAGCUGAGAAUGGGGCUGUACCGGUCUCUUUUGCUGGCCAACCGUCAAGCGUGAAUGCCACAAACCACAAGGGCAAAAAGGUCAAGGGGCCGGCGAUUACGCAGCUGCAGUACCUCGACUAUCGGUACUACCGUUUCUUGCUGCACCCGGAAGGAGAAUUUAGGAUGGUUCGGUAAGUACUUUUGGAGAUCGGCACAAAGCUUUGAAGGAUGUAGACUGAAUCAUUUUUCGCGUAUCCUCGUAGCGAAUGGAAGGACCCUACAUGGACGACUCCGAUGUCGCUCCGCAAAGGCUUGUCCUCGACGGAUGCACACACUCGACAUUCACUGUUUGGGCAGAACGCGAUCGACAUCAAAGCGCGGGGAAUCGUGCAGCUUCUGAUGGACGAGGUGCUGCACCCGUUUUACAUCUUCCAGAUCUUCUCGAUCGCGCUGUGGUGUGUCGAUGAUUAUUACUAUUACGCAUUCGCGAUCGCCAUCAUCAGUGUCGCGUCUAUCGUUUCGACUUUGAUCGAGACCAAAGGGGUAUGCACGGCCAUGGACCGCAGAUUGAAUGCGAUCCUAUACUCACUGUGCAGAUGAUGUGCCCACAGAACAUUGAACGAAUGAGGGAAAUGUCGAGGUUCUCCUGCCCCGUCAAGGUCCUCCGUGAUUCACAAUGUGAGUCGAGCGAUACAAUACAUUGCAGCCGAACGCACGAGCUGAGUAAGUGACUCCACACUGCGCAGGGACUUCGGACGUUUCGGACGCGCUCGUCCCCGGCGAUAUUGUCGACCUGUCCGAGACAUCCCUCAUCACCUUCCCCGCAGACUUGGUCUUGCUCUCGGGUGACGCGAUCGUCAACGAGUCGAUGCUGACCGGCGAAUCGGUUCCCGUGUCCAAGUACCCCGUUGAACCAGCUGGGAUUUCGUGGAUCUCGGCACCCGGCGGUGACGUCUCGCUCGAUCUGUCGAGGCAUGUCGUGUUCAGUGGUACCAAGAUCAUUCGCAUUCGGAAGACGAGCCCGAUCAGCAUUGGGGUCGGGGAGCCCGAAGCCUUGGCCAUGGUCAUGAGGACGGGUGAGCUACUAAAGACCUCGGGAGGACCCGACCGCAUUGUAGACAUACUGACACUGUGCUUCCUCUUGGCAACGCAGGUUUCAACACGACCAAAGGGGCUUUAGUCCGCUCGAUGCUCUUCCCCAAACCCUUUGGCUUCGCCUUUUACCGCGACUCAUUUCGAUUCAUCGGAGUGCUUGCCAUGGUGGCCGUGCUUGGUUUCAUGGCGUCUUCGGUCAACUUUAUCAAGCUCGGCAUCUCCUGGUCCGUCAUUGUCAUCCGCGCGUUGGAUCUCGUCACUAUCGUUGUCCCUCCCGCUCUGCCUGCGACCAUGUCGAUCGGAACUUCAUUCGCAAUCUCCCGACUUCGCAAGAUUGGCAUCUUUUGCAUCUCGCCGAGUCGAGUCAACAUUGGGGGCAAGGUCAACAUUGUCUGCUUUGACAAGACGGGGACGUUGACGGAGGAGGGCCUCGACGUGCUUGGCGUGCGAAGUGUCGUGCGCUCGACCAACAAGUUCGCCGACUUGGAACACGACGCUGACAACGUGCCCAUCUUUGGGGCCGCCGAUGCUAAGACACCGCUGCUGCAUGCAUUGGCUACGUGCCAUGCGCUCAAGAUUGUCGAUGGCGAAGUCAUUGGUGAUCCGCUCGACCUGAGGAUGUUCGACUUCACCAACUGGACGCUCGAGGAAGGCAAAGAGGCGGCGAAGACGAAGGCCCCGACCUCAGAGGCCGCCAAACACAGGAAGCACGCCACGUCGGCUCGAGCGGCCGCUACGCCGGGUUCGGCAUCGUCCAAGGUCCCCGAACGUGCCGCCACGCUCGUGCAGACUGUGGUACGCCCACCCGGAGGCGAAUCGUUUAAGCUCGAAGACGCGCUCAAGGCCGGGUCCAAGCAUGCGCACUUUCUCGAGUUGGGCGUGUUGCGGACCUUCGACUUUGUAUCGUCGCUGCGAAGGAUGAGCGUGCUCGUCAAGAAGCUCAAGUCGACUUCCGUCGAAGUCUACGUCAAAGGUGCUCCCGAGGUCAUGCUCGAGAUCUGCGACAAGACCACCCUGCCGGACGACUAUGAGGAGAUGCUGGCCUACUACACCAAGCACGGUUUCCGCGUCAUUGCCCUCGCCGGCAAAUCGAUGCCUGGGUUGACAUGGAUCAAAGCCCAACGGCUCAAGCGCGAGGUCGUCGAAUCCGACCUCCGCUUCUUGGGCAUUAUCGUCUUUGAAAACAAGCUCAAACCGGGGACGGCGCCGGCGAUCGCAACGCUGCGCGCGGCGCACAUCCCGACGAGGAUGGUGACAGGCGACAACGUCCGAACCGCGAUCUCGGUGGGGCGCGAGUGUGGUAUGGUCCCGGGCUCGGCUCGGGUCUACCUUCCGACGUUCCUAAAAGGAAACUCCUCGACGCCUCGAUCGACAAUCGAGUGGGUCGACGUUGACGACGAGGGGCGCAAGCUCGACCCGUACUCACUGAUGCCGCUCGUUACCGACGAUGAUCGGAGCAGCUACAGCGGCUACAGCGACGAGCGGUCACGGCGCGAAUACCACUUAGCUGUCUCUGGCGACGUUUUUCGCUGGAUGAUGGACUUUGGGGCGCUCGAAACGCUGCAGCGGAUGCUCGUCAAGGGCAUCAUUUUUGCGCGUAUGUCGCCCGACGAGAAGCACGAGCUCGUCGAACGCUUGCAGUCUUUGGGCUACACCGUCGGGUUUUGCGGCGACGGCGCCAAUGAUUGUGGUGCCCUCAAGGCCGCCGAUGUCGGGCUCAGUUUGUCCGAAGCCGAAGCCAGCGUUGCUGCCCCGUUCACGAGUCGUCAACCCGACAUUCGGUGCUUCAUCGAGGUCAUCAAAGAGGGUCGAGCGGCUCUCGUCACAAGCUUCAGUUGCUUCAAGUUCAUGUGAGUGACUCUUUCGUGGCUCCCUAGUCGGUCCUUGGCUGACCAUACCCGUCUUAUUCUUUGCUACAGGGCGUUGUACUCUUUGAUCCAGUUCACCACGGUCACCCUGCUCUACUCUAUCGCAUCCACCUUGGGGGAUUUCCAGUUCUUGUACAUCGACCUUUUCCUCAUCUUGCCCAUCGCCGUCACCAUGGGUCGUACCGAAGCCUUCCCCCGCGUCCACCUCAAGCGACCGACCGCGUCGUUGAUCUCGAAGAAGGUCUUGACCAGUCUCAUCGGCCAGAUCGCGCUCACGUCGGUGUUCCAGUUCAUCACCUUUUUCUUCGUCCGUGCGCAGUCUUGGUACACCCCGCCCGAGAUCGACCCCGACGAGCUCGACAUCGUCUCGUACGAGAACACAGCCCUUUUCCUGAUUAGUUCGUUUCAAUACGUCCUCGUCGCCUUCAUCUUUUGCGUUGGCCCACCUUAUCGCAAACCUUUGUACUCGAACCGAUGGCUCGUCGCUGCGUUGGCCGCGUUGACCGUCUUUUCGAUCUACACACUCUUCACGACGUCGGGGCCGAUCUUUGCGCUCUUGCAGCUCAUCUCACUUCCGCACGAGUUCCAUCUUGAGUUGUUGUUGCUGUUGAUCGCCAACACAGCGGCAUGUUGGACGUUCGAAGAAUACGGCGCGAGCCGACUAACGAAGUUGAUCGGCGAGUUGCAGCGCAAAUGGAGGCGUGCGCGCGGCACGAGGAGGAGGGACGACGGUAAGGUGUACAAGGCCAUUCAACGGGCGAUGGUUGAUUAG